CCGCUAGCUCAGUCGUCUUCAGGGCAGAGUACCCCUAAUGCCACAGCUCGCAACUAACUAAUCUAUCGGUCAUCACUAAGGGCAAAAACGUAAACAAAGCAAAAAAUACAAUUAUUGUCGGGAAAAUGGAUUACAUUUGGUGGCUAUCGAUGUCCUAGCCAAGCGCUCCCACCCAACCAUGGAUGCCCUUAAGAUGCUGCAGGGCACCACCCAUUCGCAGUCGGCAGGAGCCCCUUCCUCGCGACUGCGGCUACGGUUCCAUCUCCCCCACUGGGAAAGCUUAUUCACACAUACCUCUAAGACCGAAACCUGGCCGCCGUCUCGGAUAUUUACGCGGUCAAAGCAGAGGAUUCGCUUUGCUGGGAAAGGUUACAGGCGCCGCGGAAACUAUGCUCUACCAGCCAUGUAUUGGUAGAGCUCGCAUGGAAACGCGGGCCUCAAGGAAACAUGCGCGAUGCGCGUGUGUAUGGUCACCUAAUCCUGAGGAGCUCCAAGGGAAAAGAAGGGACAGGCCGAAAAGGCAAACAACGAGGACAAAUAAGGCUCUCGGGUCUAACUCCGGAUAAACUCACGAACAGGUAAGUAGAUAUCAAUAUAUAUAAUCGAUGUACACGUGUAUUUAAUUUCUGCUAAUUUUUAGCCACUGUUGGGCCGGGCCUGGAGGCGAUGAUAGCCCGGGCGGAUGACUUCCCCGUCGGAGGCCAGCAGCGAUACGGAUCUCCACACGGGAAAACGGCGCCCUCCGGUGAGUGGUGCACGGGCAGUCCGAGAUUCGGCUGCCAGACAAAAUGGCGAUACUUCUCAGCGCCGCAAUGCGACCGCUGGAAGUUCCCGAGAGGAGGAGGAGGACGCGGUACGCCGGAACGGACUCACCGGGAAGUGUUGACGUCGUCGGCGUCGAUUGUAGAAGGCUUUCCUGGUUGGUCGCUGGCACGGGUCGAACUGACACCGGUUGCUGGUCAGCCAAGUCGGGCUGGUAGGUAUGUCGAAGUAUGGCGAUGUCAGUAGAGUCCAAAUAAAUUCUUCCGGGGCCCUUUGUAUUGGGACCCCGGCUGCCUUUAUAAAUGAUAAA